GCGUUUUUGCAAGCUGCCAUUGCGCCGUCGGAUUGUGAACACAGACACGCCUCUGCUGUCAGUAUAGCUCACGCUACAGACACGAUCCUCUGCUGCCAGUUAUAGCUCACGACGCCCGCGAUUUGCUAAAGCACCCAUCAAAAAUGCGCCGCGGACGCACACAACCAAGCAGCCGCGCGCGGAGCGGAGGGACAAGCGACGACGACGCGAAAGCAGCCGCUUCCAAAACGGGCAUGCUCGCGCCGCUCCUCUUCCUUGCAAUUGGUGUUGUCUUCGUGGUGUCGACGCUCUACCAGCCGCAGCAUACGCACGUCAUGCCCGUGGCGAACACCGUCGAGCUGCGCUCUCUGAUAAGGGAGCAGAACGCGACGAUCCGCGCGCUCGCGCGGCGCGUGGCGCACGCGUCGGAGCAGCGCGAGACGCACGCGCAGCGCAUCGACGCGCACGCGGACCGCGUCGAGGCGGCGCUCGCCGCGAAGUUGGUUGCGGAGACGGAGCUCGCGGUUGCCAGGGCCGACGCCGCCGCGGCGCGCAAAGAACUUGUGGAGAUGCGGCAGCGGCUGCGUGAUAACCAUGCGCCGUUAUCAACGGCACCGGUCGCACGACAGACACUGACAACAAAAGCGGAGACGAAGUGCGACGAUCUCUUCGGCGAGGGUUUAGUAAGGAGCUACCGCGACUCCAAAAAGGUCUGGUGCGGCGGCGGUUCCACAACGAUCGAGUGCUACGAGCACGUCUACGCGCACAACGGGCGGAUAGGGCAUUUCUGCCGCGCGUCCAAUCUAUUGGUGGACUUUUCCAAGGUGGGCGGACGGCACUCGACCACCACGAAACCGCAGCGGGGCCCGAACAUGUACCACUCCUUUGCGCCAGGUGCAUUGCAGGCCCAGUGCGCGCGAACGAAGCACUGGUCUCUACAGAAGGCCAUGCCCCACGCGAAACUGAUGCUCCCUAAGCUCGAGGAGGUCCAGAGCUUUUCAAACGAUGUAGAACGCGUGCAGACGCCUACUUAUCUACUAGCUAGAGACGAGGACUCGGAAAAUAUGUUUCAUUCCACUGCGGACCACUUGAAUGCGUUUUUAGUAUCAGAGGUGCUCCAGUCUGAUAGAGACAAGUGGCAGACCGUGCUGUUUGAUCGGAUGCCGGACGGGCCCUUCCACAGUCUGAUCGAGAAGACGUUUUCUCCGAAAAACAAGCUGAAACGAGCCGCGGACUACCAAGGCAGAAAAGUAUUAUUUGAGGAGUUGAUUAUUCAUCUCGAGUCCCCUGCCGGUAUUGUGUUCCCGAAGGUCGCCGGUCCGAAGGGUAUUAUGACCUGUACACAAUCAUCAUUGUGGUUGGGGUUCCGCGCGGCUGUGUUGCGAGGCUUCGGGUUGUUGGACGUGCCUCCACCAACAGUGCCGCACGCUGUGCUGUCUGUUAGAAGACGAACCGGUGGAAAAAAUACCGGUAGGGUUUUUGCGGAUGAGGCCGCGCUCACAAAAAUACUGAAGGAAGGAAAUGCGAUGACGUCCGAGGUCGUCGAUCUGGGUUCGUUGCCCUUCGACCGGCAGAUCGCUCUGAUGCGGCGGACGAACAUAUUGAUUGGGGCCCACGGUGCCGGUUUGAUGCACGUUUUGUUUCUCGCCGAAGAAGCUGUUUUGUUGGAGAUCCACCCGUCCUACAGGUUAGAUAGGCACUUUAGGUUGGCCGCGCGCAUGGCGGGGAAGAUCUAUCUGCCGCUGCGAUCGACUCAACCGGUGACCUGCAAGGGCACCUCGGACGCGGUGCCCGUCGACGCGGGCGAGUUCCGGCGAGCGCUCGACGCGGCCGUGCGGCUGGCGCGGUCGUUUGAUGAUGGCGUCGCCGAGUGCGGCUUGUCCUGCGACGCGCGCGUGCUGGCCUUGGAUAGCGGGAACGCGAAGUUCCUGCCGCCGGGCGCGCGGCCGCUCGCGACGCGGUUCCCGUGCGGGUAG